AUGAUGGAUGGAACUACUGUUUCCGUGGUUCAACCUGUUCCCACACUUGUAAACUCCUCCUCAGUCCACCAUUCGACCUCUACCGGGGUUACGCCAAUUGAUCAGACGUCAUGGAGACCUGGGAAACGGUCCCGGAUCACAUCCUCCCUUUCCUCAACCAACUAUAACCCCAGUCCUCCUCCCCCUUCCUUACAGAUCACGAAAUCCAAUAGCUCUAAGCAAUAUGGGCCCAAGUCGUCACCUUCCUCGCUGACUAAACCGUCACCCAAGAGACGAAAAACAGCUGCCGAUUUUGUGACUUCAGUUGCCGCCGCCGUCACCGCAACAUCAGACGAUCCUGGCCACUACCCUUCUAAUACUAACUGGGGCUAUUCUUCUAUUCCGUCGGGGCCUCUUAAUUACGGUGUAGAACCCAUCGUAUCAAAUGCAACGAGAGAUCACUUCAACCUGUCCCCUACUACCCUCACUCAGGAGCAAGGUCCGGAACGGUAUGACUGGUCUGACAACAAUUUUGCUCAGUUGACUUCAAGUAGCAGCAGUCUGCCCUCAGUAUCCUCCCCAUCACUUCCUUAUCUACCUAAACAAGAACCUACAUCGUACUACAAUCUUCAGGGAGGUUAUUUGACAGAUUACUCGGGUUUACCGACGUCCAACUAUCCUGUCUAUUCUUUCCUCCCCCCUUGGAACCCGGUGAAGACGCCAGAGAUGCUCGUCGAAUAUCGACCCCGUCUUGAUGGUGGCACCUCUCUUCCGGAGCGACGGCUACCUGGGCCUAGCCCCUUACUCCUGGAGGGGCGUGAUGGUGAUGAAAAGAGUCUGAUCGAGCCUAUAGAUGAAGGGUGGGUAGAUUUGGGGCCAUCGGUGAAGAAAAGUGAUAACCAUCAUGACGGCUCCGCACAGGUUUCCAACCUCUCAGGUAAAAGCACUCCCAUACCAGAGGAAAAAGAGGAUGAAUUUUGGGAGGAUGACAUUGGAGACGAGGCUGCCAUUGAUGGAAACAGCCCAUUGUCUCACCCCGAGAGGCGUUCCCGGUCACACCUGAGUGAUCAGAAUCGUAAGGAGACGGGAAGCACCCGAAAGUUAAAGCUGACGUGUUUACGGGCCUGCAUUCGAUGUCGUAUGCAGAAAAUAAAAUGCAAGGCAGAUCCGAAAGACCCGCGAGGGGUUGAUUGCUUGACCUGUCGUAACAUUAAAUUGGAUUCGAAGAAAGUAAUCCAUAGGCUUCCGUGUCUGCGAUGGAAGCUUGCCGAAGUGGCCCUUUUCCGCGCGGGUGGUCUUCAUUUAACGAAACGAUGGGAUGGGACCAAGAUGAAAGAUCUUGGACCGCGAGACUGGGUUAACAGCAGCGACGUCCGCACGAUUCAUAUGAUCAUGGGAAGCAGCCGCCCGAUGGUGUUGAAGGUCAAAAAGUUCACGCCUAUCGAAGGGGAUGUAACGUGUAAAUACUGGGUUGAUCAGAAGGGGAACAAACAAAAAAUCGAUAUCGAACCUUAUGCCCUCGCAAGCAUCUGGGAAACUGCUAAAAAAUACGAGGAAUACAUAUAUGAUUAUGCACACCCGGCCGUACGAGAAUACUCUCAAGAUCGCCAGGUCGAUAGUUUGGUACGAAGGACUUACCGGGCGGCAUCGGCGUUCAUCGUGGGAGAAGAAAUGUUGGAUAUGAAGGCAAUAGAUGACCCCGAAUGUCCGUACCGUGGGACGAUACCAAUACCGCGGAUGAUUCCGGCGCAGUUCGACUCCCUCGGACACCGGGUGCUUGUACAAUUAAGAAAGCUUGUACUCGAGGGCUUAUGGAAGGUAAUGGCGGGCAAGAAUCCGCACCACUUUUACUUUGUUUAUCUGAUCGUAUUCAUGCUUCUCCACGAAGUUUCGUUCACCUCUGCCGAUAGGCUACGCCGGGCUAAGGACAAUAACUAUACUGAACACCGAUACGAUCUGGCGACGUUUAUGGAAGAGCUCCAAGAGGGAGCAAAUAAUAUCCUUAGCCACUGGCAUUAUUAUAAACGAGAUGUCAAUACAUUGAUGAAGGAAAUAGAAUCCGAGGACAGGAAGAACGCGGUCUGGGGAACUUUGAAGUUCGAGGAGGCGAAGUUACUAAUCGAAACGCACGAGGCCUAUAGAGAAGUAGUAGAGCAGAACUUGGAAUGGGAGCACGACCUUUACUUUGUGUCGCAGAUGUUUGAAGAGAACUGGCAUCCACGUAAGACGUUUAGCCGGUAG